CAUUUUUUUUUUCUUUCCCUUCCCAACACAAACUACCUUUUUUUUAACUGUUGCAUGCUUUAUUCCAACCUGGUAUCCUUCUUUUUGACUGAACUGAAUUUCCCUCUCUUUUCCCACAAGCAACCCAUAAAAACUAUUUUCGCAGAAUGGGUGAAUGUCCGACACGUGACUUUGCUGAUCUUGACGUCACGUAGUCUGUCUCCAGUAUUUUUUUGACUUGAAAAAAAGUGACGGCUGGGGGCUGUCUACACACAUACACACACACCACCAUGGUCAAACUCGAAGAAGUUUCUCCCGAUCACAUUGAUGAGAUUGAAGUCUUGUCAGAAGACGACAACUACUCCGAUUACUCUGAUUCCGAACUUGACGAAGACGAAGAAGAGUCCAUCCUUGAUCGCAUUGCCGCUCUCAAGGAUAUCAUUCCACAAAAGCAGCGAGAUCGUCUUUCCUCUGGAUUCACAACUAUCUCCAGCUGGUCCAAGACCGGUGCUACAUUUGUAGGCAAGAGCGCUUGGGUUAUCACUACCUCUAUGCUUCUUCUUGUCUUGCCCUUGGCGUUGGAGAUUGAGAAGGAACAGGCUUUGGUUGCAUAUGAGAAGGAAGCUAUGCAACAACAGGGUGCUGCUCAACAGGUAAGAACCGUUCGAUGAAAAAAUAGAACCCCAA